CACAUUGCCACCAAAAAGAGAGGUUGACGAAACUUUUAGUACAGUUCGAAAAUCUCCCGAUGCAAGUGUUUUCCCUGGCAGAGAGACUUAUGGUUGUGUUUGCGUGCGUCUUACUCCUUCUUGUGCUUUUGUUACUCAUUCAUUGGUGUAUCAAACAAGUUCGUCAAUAUCGCAAGAGACAAGUGGAAACAGAAUCCAAUGAGUUGAGUAUCUAUGUCAUUGAAGGAAGUCAGACGCGGUCAAAUCAAAUCCAGGAAGCUCCAUCAUUUGAUAGUGUCGUCUUCAAAUCUGAUGGUCUUCCAUCCUACGAAGAAGCCAUUGCGUACCAACGAGACAAUAAUAGUCAACAAGAUGGAAAGACAAUGCAAUCUUCUUGCUAAAUUUGCAAAAUUAACCAACAACAUGAAGAAAAAGGAAAGACUGUUUUUAUGUGAAUACAAUAAAAGCUGGUACGUUUGAGGUUUACAUCUCGAAAUCUUAUAUGCGAUAUUUUAUUAAAUAAUUUUCUAUCCAUCA